AUGGCAAGUUUAGAGGAAGACGAGUUGGUACAAAUGGUACAUGACUUUAUAGAGUCUGAUCAUUCACCUAACUCACCUACAAGUUUCAUCACUUCUUCUAAUCACCACCCUUUACACAAUCGAACACAACUUUUUAUUUUGCAGGAUAUUUUAAGGAGUGAUACAGGUUUAGAAGAAGCUAAGGUUAUGAAGUAUGUGAUGAAGCAUAUGAGAGGUAGACAUGGUUCUGAGAAAACAAGAGUUCUUAGUAGAUGGAUUGUUAAAAGAAUGAGAAAAGAUGGUUUUAAUGCUUCUCUCUAUCAAACUUCUUGGUCCACUUCCUUAGGAUGUCCUGCUGGUGAAUACGAGUAUAUUGAACUCAUGAUUGAAGAUGAGAACAAUGAUGGUGAUCCUAUGAGGCUUAUUAUAGACAUAGACUUUAGGUCACAAUUUGAACUUGCAAGACCAACAGAAAACUACAAAGAAUUAACAGACUCAUUACCAAUAAUCUAUGUUGGAACAGAAAACAAACUAUGCAAGAUAAUCUCUCUUUUAUGUUCUGCAGCCAAACAGUCCCUAAGAGAAAAGGGUCUACACAUACCACCAUGGAGAACCACAACAUACAUGCAAUCAAAAUGGCUCUCUGUGUGUCGAAAAGAGGCUAAUCCUGUUGGUAAUGGUGUUGGAAUUGGAGAUAAUAGUGUUGUUGGAAAUAGUAAGAGGGUAAAGAAAAGUGAUUUGGGGGGUGAAUCUGGUUUGUCUAGUCAAUUUUCUAACAUGAGGAUUAAUUGUUGUUAG